GAUCAUACCCGAAAGUACCGCAAAAAACCCCUCCAUGGACAGUUUAUCAGAAGUUGCGAGGAAAUUAGGCACUUGAAUUCGUGGGCAUGGCUGAAGAGAGGUAAGCCAAAAAAAGAAAGUGAAGGUAUUAUCAUGGCCGCACAAGACCUGGCUUUGCGAACAAACAGUGUAAAGAAGCCAAUUGACAAUCAAAAUGUUUCCCCAGCAUGCAGAAUGUCGUAUAAACAUAUCAACAUGCAGAAUGUGUAGAGAAAGAGAAGAGACAGUGAGCCAUCUAGUAGCAGAAUGCACUUCACUUGCACAGAAAUAUUUCAAGGCAUGGAGACACGAUAAGGUCGCCCAGGUUAUCCAC